AUGGCUCAGGAAUGCGUUGGAAUAGGAGCGCGGGAGCUCGAUCGCGGUGCUGUGUGGAUGAUACUCGGAUUGUUCCUCAAGGCGGAAGUAUCUCAAGCCAAAGGCGAAGACUUGGAGACGCAAGAAAAAAGUUGUAACGCGGGUAUAAAUCUUGAGAUUUUCUUUACCAUCCUCGAAAAGGUUCGCGGGCUGGAAUCCAUACACGGCAUCCAGCCGUCCGAAGAUCCCAUUCGAGACACGACACUGAGCCCGGACGAAGUGAGUUACAUUGAAACGAACCUGAUGAAGGCUUGGUCGUCUCAGCUUGUCUACUACAAUCGCAAGGCGGGGAUAAUCUGCCGUCAGUGGGAUGCCGAGCCGACCAAGGCUCUUAUCCUAGGGAAGCACACUGUAGAUCAUGUAACAGUACCAGGUCGCACGCCACCGAAGUACCCACGCCGGGCUGAGAGAGAGUCGUUCGAAAUCAUUUACCGUCUAUUUCCUCGAUUCUACGACUGCACGUUCGAAGAGUUUAUGAGCCCAAAAUACCAGCUCGAGCUCGAUUGCAGUGAGAAUUCUCGUGUCACCCUAGAAGAUGGAGCACAGGUUCAUGACCCUUUCCCAUCUAAAGGCUUCUCCGAGAAUAUGAGAUGCCUCAUGACUCAAAAUGUAUGGAUGGGAAAUCUUGACCUACUAGCCACCUGCAUUCACAAGUUCUUUGAGACUUGGCAAGACGUAAUAAAAAGCGCACAUCAUGAGCAGAGUAUCCAAGAUAUCUUUUCUCAAGUUAAAGAUCUUCUGGACCAGAAGCCAGGGUUUUAUGGUGCAUUCUUUGAACAGAUCGGCGAGUCCGUUCGUAUCAAUUGCCAGGACCGCGUGGCCUACAACUCAAAGCGUACACACGAUGACGAUCCGUAUUUCAUCCGGGUCAUAGACCUAACCAUCCUCAUUCAUGCGCUGGAUAAUGUUGGAUUCUGGGGCAUGCCAUUCUUUCGUGGUGCCAGUUUAUCCUCCGGGAUUAUUCAACAGGCAAAAAGGGGUAACGACUAUCCGCCAGAUAAGAAGUUCUCCAAGGCGAGAGAAUACUCAGUGCUAUCUCAUAGGAUAGUAAAAAGGGCGGCAGAGCUAGAAGCCGCAGCCCAGAGUGGAGCAUCCGAGUCGUAA